UGCGACUGCACAUGCGCGGAAUCUACUUCCGUAGAAGAAGAGAGAAGCGGAAGUUGAUGCAAACCGGGGCGCCGUUCUUCAAAACACAGCCAUACGUGUUUCUGAAGUACAACUUUUGCCACAAUGCCUCUGUCAACCCAGUCACAAGCUGAAGAUGAACAAUACGUUUUAAUGGCCAGUUUGGAUAAUGCUCGCAAUCUGUCCAACAUAUUGAAAGCAAUCACAUUCAAAGACCAUGCCAUCUUCAACGCCACACCCAACGGCCUGAAGGUCACUGUGGAGGACUCCAAAUGUCUGCAAGCCAAUGCCUUCAUCCAGGCUGAGAUCUUCCAAGAGUUCACCAUAAAGGAAGAUUCAGUGGGUUUUCAGGUCAACCUCACAGUUCUGCUGGACUGCCUCAAUAUAUUUGGAGGAAGCACAGUGCCAGGAGUAUUAACAGCCUUGCGGAUGUGCUACAGGGGGUACGGUUAUCCUCUGACCCUGUUCCUGGAAGAGGGUGGGGUAGUGACUGUGUGCAAGAUCAACACCCAGGAACCAGAAGAGCCAGUUGACUUUGAGUUCUGCAGCACCAAUGUCACAAACAAGGUGAUCCUGCAGUCAGAGAGUCUGAAGGAGGCCUUCUCUGAACUGGACAUGACAAGUGAGGUGCUACAGAUCACCAUGUCCCCCAGUCAGCCAUACUUCAGGUUGUCUACGUUUGGGAACUCUGGGAAUGCCCAUUAUGAUUAUCCCAAAGACUCCGACAUGAUGGAGCUGUUCAAAUGCAACAAGACACAAACCAACAGGUACAAGAUGUCCCUGCUGAAGCCGUCCACCAAAGCCCUGGCUUUGUCCUGUAAAGUCUCUGUGAGGACAGACAGCAGGGGCUUCCUCUCUCUGCAGUACUUGGUCAGGAACGAUGACGGGCAGAUCUGCUUUGUAGAAUAUUAUUGUUGUCCUGACGAGGAGGUGGAAGAGGAGUGAUCACAGUCAGUUAAAUUCUUCUUCAAAUAAGCACCUUGACUUAGGUGGUGGCCUGUUGCUUUGAGUGAGGAGGCAAAGUCUGCUUGACGAGGCAGUGCUGACAGUGGGGUGCACACAGGAACUAAAUGGUGGACUUCAAGGAUAAUGGACAUGGUGGGAAAGUUCAUCACCAAACUUGUUCAUCAUUUGCCAACAGUUGUAUUUGAGCUGAGCAUUGCCACUGGAUUUGUGCAGAGAUAAUGUACCUGGUUGUUACGUUAGUCUGUGUAGUUAGAGCACUAUGAUUAAGAAUACAUAAUUUCACAGACAGAUAUGGAAAAUUAUUGUAUCAACAGUUACUGUAUAAUGUGUUGUUUGUUACUA